GCAGUACCGCCCGUUGCAACCAUGUCUUUCGCCGGCAGACGCAGAGGAAACAAGGUCAAGAAGGGUGUUCAGUUCACCGUCAUGGUUGUCGGUGCCUCGGGUACCGGACGUACUACAUUUGUGAACACCCUUUGCGAGUCUGAGGUUCUGCAGCACAAGGUCUGCGACUCUCCGGAGACGGCCCAUCUGGAGGAGGGCAUCAAGAUAAAGCCCGUCAACGUUGAACUCGAGGAGGAUGGCGUACGCAUUGCGCUGACUAUUGUCGACACUCCUGGAUUUGGCGAGAACAUCGACAACGAGUUUGCCUUCCAAGAGAUUGUUGGUCACCUCGAGCGGCAAUAUGAUGACAUUCUUGCAGAGGAGUCUCGUAUCAAGCGUAAUCCUCGCUUCCGCGACAAUCGUGUUCACGCUCUGCUGUACUUCAUCCCUCCCACGGGCCACGCUCUUAGGGAAAUGGAUAUUGAACUCAUGCGCCGCCUUUCGCCACGCGUCAAUGUCAUCCCGGUCAUCGGUAAGGCCGACUCACUGACUCCAAGUGAACUUCGUGGCUUCAAGAAGCGGAUCAUGGAGGACAUUGAAUAUUACGACAUUCCUGUCUACAAUUUCCCAUACGACGUUGAGGAAGAUGACGAGGACACCAUCCAGGACAACAGCGAGCUGCGUGGCUUGAUGCCAUUCGCGAUCGUCGGCUCCGAAGAGGAAGUUGAGAUAGACGGACAGCCGGUUCGCGCUAGAAUAUAUCCUUGGGGUAUAGCCGAAGUCGACAACCCUAAGCACUCUGAUUUCAGCCGCUUGAGGGGCGCUCUCCUUGGUACACAUCUCUCGGACCUGAAGGCCCUUACCCACGAUGUCCUGUACGAGACUUACCGUACCGAGAAAUUGUCGAGGACAGUCCAUGCGGAGACGACCGAUUCGUCUAUCCUCCCGGAGGAACUUGCCACCCAGAGCGUCAGACUCAAGGAAGAGCAGCUGCGUCGGGAAGAAGAGAAGCUGCGGGAAAUCGAACUCCGCGUCCAGCGCGAGAUCAACGAGAAGAGGCAGGAGCUCUUGGCAAAGGAGGAAUCGCUCAGGAACCUGGAGAGUCGACUGGCGGCACAGGGCUCGCAGCCAGAGUUCCGGGAGUAGGGCGAGUAGGGAUCCUUGCCUUAGUCGGUCUCUGGUUUGCAAAACGAUGCUCGAGUACUAUGAUACCCCGUUCGGAAGUACAGUUUCCAUACUCUCGUUUUCGUUAUUCUUAGUGGUCUACUAUCUGACUGGAUUAAUACACUUUGAUAGCACACUCCUUUAUCCGUGUCACUCACUUCCUACCGCCCGCAUAUUGAUACCUCCUCUUUCCACCCCUUCUGGUGCUGCUCCGAGUCAGUUAUUUUCGUACGCUGCAGAAGCUGUUCUAUUGACGGAAUACAUGUGCUACUUCGUUUCUCGUACGUG